AUGCCAACCUCCACGGAAAUCUCCCUCGCCUUCAGCGCCGGCGACAACGACAACGAUUCCGGACUGAGUUUGAGUGAAACAGUCGAGGCACUGGAGAAGCUGUGUGGGAAGAGUGUGGAGGAGAAGGAUAUUGAGGAGGCUGCGAGUGCGGGGAGCGGUGGUGGUGGGGGGUUUGAGGAUGGGAGGGAGAUUGAUUUGGAUGAAUUUACAGCUCUUGUGAGGAAAUUGGAGGAGGAUGGGAAGUUGUAA